AUGAAUGUCAAGCUGGGAAGCUGGGCGAUUCUAAUCGCCAAUGUACUCAUUCCUGUAGCUAUCAUAGCCUUUUCUUCUGGGUUCUUCCCCUACAAACCUUUACUUCCUGGGUUGGCUACUUUUGACGAGGCAGGUCUCAACUCUGUGGCACCAAAGAUAUUCGAUAGAGUUAUAUUCAUGGUGAUUGAUGCAUUGCGCAGUGACUUCGUUUAUUCAAACACGUCCAAGUUUCAUUUCACUCAAAGUCUUAUUCGCUCUGGUGCUGCGCUUCCUUUCACUGCCCAUGCUAGUUCUCCCACAGUUACGAUGCCUCGGCUCAAGGCAAUAACAACUGGUUCAGUCCCAUCCUUUUUGGAUGUAAUAUUGAAUAUCGCCGAGUCUGACACAUCUUCUACGCUUGCGUAUCAAGACACAUGGCUGGCACAAUUGAAGGCUCAAGGGCGGCAGCUUGUUAUGUAUGGUGAUGAUACCUGGCUCAAGUUAUUUCCUGGAUUCUUCGGUAGGUCUGAUGGAACCACGAGCUUUUUUGUGUCGGACUUUAUCGAAGUGGACAACAACGUUACUCGCCAUGUUCCUUGGGAAUUGUCACAGAGCGACUGGUCAGCCUUAAUCAUGCAUUUUCUAGGGAUGGACCACAUCGGUCAUAAAGCUGGCCCGAAAAGCUUUCAUAUGAGGACGAAACAAUAUGAGAUGGACUCGAUUGUUGCCAAGAUAUACGCUGCCAUGGAGAAGGAAGAACACUUGCAAUCGACCCUAUUCGUUUUGUGUGGAGACCAUGGCAUGAAUGAUGCUGGCAAUCAUGGCGGUUCGUCCCCAGGAGAGACGUCGCCGGCCUUGCUUUUUAUUUCACCUAAAUUCAAGGAUAAGCACACUCCUGGCAAAAGUCCAGUUGAGGCAUUCGACGAGUUUCAAUACUACCGAACCGUCGAGCAAACGGAUAUUACCCCAACAUUGGCUGGGCUUCUUGGGCUGCCUAUCCCUCGAAACAGCCUAGGAGUUUUCAUUCCCGAGUUUCUGACUCUAUGGGACGAUGGCUCAUCCAGGAUCGAUAUUCUGCUUCGAAACGCAAACCAAUUGAUGGCAACAAUCAGAGAGGCUUACCCUGAUCAUAGCUUUGAAUACAACACGACCACUCUAAAUUGCAACAAGCAAUUGUCAACGGGCAUCGCUCAUGUCCAGUGCGCUUGGUUUCGGGCCAUACAAUUCCUUCACCCAACUACUAAAAGCAGACCAAGCUGGCUUGAGAUUGAAUCGGCUCUGUUACCUUUCUUGAGAUCUGCCCAGGAACUUAUGAGCAGCGCUGCUAGCAAUUAUGAUUUAUCAAGACUCUAUGUGGGGUUGUGUCUCACGGUUCUAGCUGUUUUGUUCUCAAUUGGGCCGACUUACAGGAUUCUUUCCAAGUCUCAACAUUCAGGGGCAUUCCUUAUAUUGAGUAUCCUAAGUUAUGGUAUCAUGAUGUUUGCCAGUAGCUAUGUGGAGGAAGAGCACCAGUUCUGGUACUGGGCCGUCACAGCAUGGACUGUCUACCUGCAUAUUAAAUCAUCUCGACAACAGCUUGAUUCCUCAAAAUCCCAGAAUCUGGCGGCCUUUCUGAACAAGUGCAGAAGUAUCGGCUUGGCGAUAUCUUAUCGGGUACUGAGGCGUUGGAAUCAAACCGGCCAAAAAUUUGCUGCUGAACCGGACAUCGCCCAAGGGUUUUUCCCUCGCCGUCAAAAUAUUUUCUGGGCUUUGGUCAUGAUUACUUAUAUCGACACGUGCAUACACCUUUGUGGCAAUCUGCGUCAGAUCAGUAUAUGGCGUCUGACUGCUAUAUUGACGACCUUGGCCGCAUUCUUCUUCAAGCUGGUAUUUGUGGCCUCAGACUCACCGGAGCUUCUUGCCGAAUGUUUUCUAGCACCGGUACAGAGAAACCUUCAGAGUGCUAGCUUGCUUGUGCACGCCAGAAUAGUCCAGUUCGGCAUUGCUCUUCUCAUUUUAAUAUCGGUUUAUGUGAAAAAUGACAGGCACAGAGACUUCCGUGGGGCACACUCGGCUUUCCCCAGUACUGUACUUCAUGAAAGUCUAACUCUCCUCUUAAUCACUCAAUCCAGAGCCGCCAACAUUCCAACCUUUUUGAUUUUUCGCCUCCAGGCUAUGAUUCUAGCUUCGAUGAACCUGACUGCAGUUGAAUUGACGAUCACAUCCGUCCUCUCGCAGUAUAUGACGUUCUUUGCAUUGGGAGGUUCGAAUGCAAUUUCUUCUAUCGAUCUUUCCAACUCAUACAACGGGGUCGACACAUACAAUGCGGUCCUGGUAGGUAUCCUCACGUUCAUAAGCAAUUGGGCUGGCCCAAUGUGGUGGGUUUCUGGUACUUCGCUUCUCCGAUCAUCCCAGGCCCGUAUGAGGACGAAAGACCACGUAACUCUUCUAACAUUUCAUAUUGCAACAUCUCUGAUGUUCGUCAUGGCUGCAUGUACAGCUUUGAGGACGCAUUUGUUUAUCUGGACCGUGUUCUCCCCGAAGUUCCUUUACACUUUGGCUUGGACUAUUCUGAACCACCUGGUCAUCAACUUAUUUGGCGCAAUAUACUGGCCGCUACUCUCUAGGUAG